UGAAGGGAAAAGGGUGACCGCGAAGAAAAAGGGGGGAAGGCAAAAGGGAAGGGAAGGAAAAAUAAAGCGAGCUCGUUUUCCGAGGCCGUACAGAUCCGGAGCCCCAGAAGAAGUCUUCCACAAAUCUCUGCCUCUGACGGACUUUCUCUCUAAUUAUGGUAUGGCCAUGCUUCCCGCCGGCAAUCGACAACGGCGACGUCGGUGAUGCCGAGCCCCAGCGAGCUCCCUUCAGUCUCACUCCCAAAAUCCUUCCUCUAAUUCCUCCUUCUGCCACUUCAAGGUGAAGGAGCGAGGACUUCCAGGCCAACGCCCGCUCUCUUUGCAAGGUUUUCGGAACUUUCCUUUUCCUCUGGUUUAAUUCAGGACCGAGGGAAGGAGGGUUUUCUGUUGCACCCUUUCUCUCUCUGUAGUAAGAUGGCUGCGAGCGCCAACCCCUCGCAGGAAGGACAGGGACAGGGUGCUGCCGCUCUCAACGGCCACAACAACCGCAGUGCCGGAGGGCCAGGCCCUGCCGUGGCUUCAACCACGGCCGAGAAUUCGGGCCCCGCCCAGGCGCUCAAGCACAACCCAGGAAUUUGUUUGGAGUGGACCGCGGAUGAGCAAUCCAUCCUCGAGGACGGCCUUGCCAAGUACGCAUCUGAAUCAAAUAUUGUUCGUUAUGCCAAAAUUGCUAUGCAGUUGAAGGAUAAGACGGUCAGAGAUGUAGCUUUGCGAUGCAAGUGGAUGUCGAAAAAGGAAAACAGCAAAAGAAGGAAAACUGAAGAUCACAACUUGUCUCGGAAGAGUAAAGAUAAGAAGGAAAAAAGUACUGACCCUGCAAAGCCGAGUCAGUCAGGAGCAAGGCAGAACGUUCCUUCGUACACCAUGCAAAUGCUUCCUAUGGAUAAUGAUGAUGGUAUUUCUUACAAAGCAAUUGGUGGGCCGACAGGGCAACUUCUUGAACAAAACGCACAGGUUUUCAACCAGAUCACAAGUAAUCUUGCAUCUUUCAAGAUACAAGAGAACAUAAGUCUCUUCUGUCAAACUCGAGACAAUAUACUCACAAUCCUAAACGACUUGAAUGACAUGCCAGAUGUAAUGAAGCAGAUGCCACCACUUCCAGUGAAGGUGAACGAAGAGCUUGCCAACUCCAUCUUGCCUCCUCCUACACUUCCCAUGCAACCCUGAACCCUUACAUUUACAUGCUAAACCAACCUUCUGGUUUGAAUCCUUUUCCUAGAUAGCUGCACCAUGAAUGGCCACGAGAUGGCAGGCUGGUAGUGCAGUGGCCCUGCAGUUGGCGCCCGCAUUUGAUCAUCAAUAGUGUCUGUUCUAUUCGCUUCGUUAUUCUUUGCUGCUUAGCUAUUGCACAUAUUAUAUUUCAACCUUGUUCAAUCUUAAAUUAGUUUGGAAGGAAAAAGGAGGUCAGAAGCUUCUGUUAUCUACCAUUCUGGGAAGGGGUGUAGCCAUUUUUGUAGUCCAUUUUGAGGCAGCUGAUGAAGGUUCAAUGUUGUACGUGCUAUUGCAAACAAGCAAACGAUUUUGUGUAUACAAGCACAAGGAUAUUAGUUAUAUGGCAAUUCUCUGUUCAGCUCUC